CCGAAUUAUGUAUCUGUUUUUUCGCCAGUUUUAUAUUUUGCAAAGCGAAGUUUUAUUGGUAAAGUAAUAGAUAAUUGAUGCGGGCAAUUAUAAAAUCAAAAUGGUAAAAAUACUAUUUCUCCACCCAGACUUGGGUAUCGGCGGAGCGGAGCGAUUAGUUUUGGAUGCCGCAUUGGCCUUCAAAACCAAAGGCCACGACGUUGCUUUUUUCACGAAUCAUCACGAUCCAACGCACUGUUUUGCCGAAACCAGGGACGGAACUUUUCCUGUGACGGUAAUUGGUGAUUGGAUUCCGCGGUCUAUUUUUGGGAGAUUCAAAGCGGCAUGCGCAUAUGCUCGCAUGGUUUUUGCCGCUGUAUACUUAGCCUGGUACGUUAUACCGGUCGAGGAGCCUACAUUGAUUUUCUGCGAUCUAAUAUCAUUAUGUAUUCCAUUUUUGAAGAUGGCUAGUGGUCCGUUCCGAGUAGUAUUCUAUUGCCACCAUCCAGACAAGCUCCUAACUUCUGAGGGUGGUCCUUUGAAAAGGAUAUACAGAGCACCAUUGAACUGGUUAGAGGAACUUACAACAGCAAAAGCUGAUAAGGUUUUAGUUAAUAGCAAAUAUACAGCUAGAGUGUACCAAGAUGCAUUUCAAAAGAUUAAAGAUGUCCCAGAUAUUUGCUAUCCUUCAAUAAACACUGAUUUCUUUAACAAAACCACUCCAAAAUGUCUCAAAGAAGUAGUACCAGUUGGCACAGACAAGUUUAUAUUUCUGUCAAUAAAUAGAUAUGAGAGAAAAAAGAAUUUGCCCCUCGCAUUAGAGGCAAUGAACUAUUUGAAGAGUAUAUUGCAUGAGUCUGAUUGGGAAAGAGUACAUUUGAUUAUGGCAGGUGGUUUUGAUCCAAUUAAUUUGGAGAACAUGGAGCAUUUUAUAGAGCUUACUGACUUAGUCACAGAAUUGGAUAUAGAAGAUAAGGUAACAUUUAUGAAGUCGCCCAAAGACGAUGAGAAAGUCUCUCUAUUGUACUACUGUAGAGCAUUAAUAUAUACACCGUCUAAUGAACAUUUUGGUAUUGUGCCUCUAGAGGCGAUGUAUUACAGCAAGCCGGUAAUAGCGGUGAAUAGUGGCGGGCCAACUGAGACCAUUGUCAAUGAGGUUACUGGUUUCCUUUGCGAGCCUAAUAGAAAAUCUUUUGCUGAUGCCAUGUGUAAAUUAAUUGCUUCUCCUGACUUAUGUGGAAGGCUCGGUGAAUCAGGAAGGAAGCGAUUUGAAACCAAGUUCUCCUUUGAAGCAUUUACAAAUCAAUUAGAUGGUAUAUUGACAAGAGAGAGGCAGCUCAUAUCUGAAGCGCGAGCUGUGGACUCUGAGGAAAAGGAAAAGAAGCGUAAAUAACAAGAUGCCCACACUCCAACAAUAUUUGAUAUUGUUUGAGUGUUAUAAACAAUUUUUUGAUCUCUUGUGAUAGUAGGUUUUCGUAAUUGAGUAUUAGCAGUUAAAACUGGUGUGUCCUGUCAAAAGAUGCGAAUGAUUGUUCUUAUUUUAGUAAAUAUUUAUUUCCUGUAAUAAAUUCAUAACAUAGAUAUAUUAAAAUGUUAGGCUAUCUGAAAGUUGUAUGCAAUCUGUAUAAGUCAUCUUCUGCACACUAUCAGAGUUCUUUUUAAGAGAUGCAAAUUGUUGUACAUAGCUAAAAACAGAUAAUUCAAUUAUAUCAACAGCCUUGCUUCAGCAUUUAAUAACUUUCUCUAGAUAAUGAUGUGUGAUGGUGAUUUAAAGCAGUAUGUUGAGAUUUGUGUAAAUUGAAAUAAGCAUAUCCUGCAUUUUCUCAGUUUGAAUCAUAAUAUCUGUCUAUAAAACUAAUAUUUGUCUUUGACUGUGCCAUGCUUAGUGCUGCACUUAUUUUUACUAUUGAUAUAUUUUUAUUAAACCAAAGCCAAAAGAAAAUGUAAAAACUGCUUUUAAGUUAUAUAUGCAUGCUGUCUAGUAAAUAUUUGCAAAUUGAAAAAUUAUAUUUUCAUAAAGAAAUUGUAUUGUAAAGUACUAUUUAAAAUAAGUAUGUAAUGUGAGAUGUAGCAUAAAAUUUAGUAGCUUUGCUCGUCAAUUUAACUUAGAUGGGAUUUUUUCUAAUUGUCAGUGUCUAAUUAUAAACUACUAUUAUAUAACCGUUUGUAAUUAUUGUGUUAAUGUAAAAACAAAAGGAAUAAAAUCCUAUUUACAAUUCACAGCCAAAGUGGCUUGACCUUAAUAAAUACUUAGUACAGUAUAUAUGAUCUAAGUUGGCCAUACUGAAAUAAAUCACAAGAUGUAGUUGUUUAAGUUUAUUUUUUCUUUCUUUAUUUUUAGGUCAAAAAUAGUAAAUUAACAUAAAAAAAAAUAUAACAUAAAAAUGUAUCGUAAAGCUCCAAAUGAUAAAUCAGAAAAUAUCAAAAAUAAUUUAAUUGGGUUGAAAAAUAAUACAUAGAAUAAAUAUAUUAAUCAUUGAUUGACUAUUUUUUAUAUAUUUUAUAUAUUAACCAUAGAUUUGGCUUGUGGUAGAGCAUUUUUAUGUAUAACAAACAUAAAUUCAUAAGUUACAAAAUACUGGAAUCUGAAUAAUGUUACGACUAGUUAAGUAAGAAUUUACAGUGGAAAAGAUAAAAAUGUUUUACUCUGGCAUCCCAGGCUAUUAUCUGUUGACUAUCUGUAGAUUUUUUUACUUUAGGACAUUUUGAUUAUGUUGUACCAUGUUGUUGAGACUGCAUCUUUUGUUGAUUUUCAUUUCUUUUUAAAAUGUUAAAUCAAAUGUAUGUGGCAGUUAUAAAAUUGAUAAAUUUAAUAUAGAUUCUUCCAUAUAAUAUUCUCAACUUAAAAUUAUGUUAGAUAAGUAAACAUUGUUAAAUUUGUAUCCUGUGUAUAAAAUAUAUGUCUUGAUAAAGUUA